AUGAGUGGUGCGUUUAAAGGAGUACAAUCUCGAAUUGCAAGUUUACAGCCUCUUGCAUUUUAUACUCACUGUGCCAACCACAGAUUAAAUUUAGUGCUCAGUAAAGCAAGCACUGUACCUUCAAUUCGCAACACAGUCGGAAUAAUAACAAAUAUUUAUAACUUCUUAAAGGAAUCUGCUUUAAGAACUCAACUUUUGAGUGAAAAAAUGACAGAACUUUUUCCACAUCAAAAAGCAGUAAAAGCUAAAAAGUUGUGUGAAACACGUUGGGUCGAAAGACAUGAUGGAAUUUUACAUUUUUUGGAAAUAUUACGAGCUAUAAUAGUUACAUUAGACGAAUUAAGCCUUAGCAACCAUACAGGAAGCAAUGCACAAUCUCUAUCUGCAGCUAUUUGUAAAUUUGAAUUUUUGAUUUCCUUAAAAAUAUUAACGAAAUUUUUAGCCAUAACACUUCCACUUUCAAUGCUGUUACAGAGUAUUAAUAUUGACUAUACACAAUCGAUAGAAAUGAUCAACAAUGUUAAAAAUGUAUUAACUACAAUAAGAGAAAAUUCAAAAACGGAAUUUAAAAACAUUUUUGAAGAAACAACAUUAAUUGCAGGAAAAAUGGACGUUGAUAUAAGGAUUCCAAGAGUAACAAAAACACAAUGUCAUCGUGCAAACGCUAAGCCCCAAUCAACUGAUUUAUCUGAAUUCUACCACGUUAACUAUUUUCUACCUUAUUUGGAUUAUCUUAUGUCAGAACUAAAUUCACACGAUAAAAUAUUGAAUGCGGCCAAGACAUAUGAAGCAGAUUUACCUCAUAGUAUUGAAGCACUACGCGGUGAGUUAAAUUUAUGGAAACAAUUUUGGAAAAAUAAACCAGAAAAGGCUGAUUCUUCAAUGGAAGCUUUUAAAUAUGCAUCUAUGUUUCCUAACAUUAAAUGUCUUUUAACAAUUCUUAGUGUGAUAUCUAUAACAACAGCAAGUGCUGAAAGGUCAUUUAGUUCUUUAAAAAGAAUUAAAACUUACCUACGAUCGACAAUGAGCCAGGAAAGACUUAACGGCUUAGCAAUGUUGCAUAUAAAUAAAGAUAUUCAAGUAAAACCAGGAGAAGUACUAGAUGUGUUUGCUAAAAAACAUAAACGAAAACUUCAAUUCGACCUAUGA